GUGUAGCAGCAGGAGCCACCCGCAGCGGGAGAGCAGCUCGCAGCCGCCUCACCGCCGACCCUGCUCGGACCGCCUGACAGCUCCUUCACACCAGCUCCCGAACCUGCGGAGGCCAUGGCCGGCAGCGAGGACGUCUUCCUCAGGGCCAAACACCGGACAUUCAGCGGACUCGCUGAAGGAGGAGAGCGAGAGUGGACCGGGCCAUUCUGCUUCAUCCAGGCGGCGGACCCUCAGCUGGGACUGAUGAAGGCCUGGAGGGAUGGCGACUGUGACGGCGGCGGGGAUGAAUGGGCGGAGGAGGUGGAGCUCACCAAGCAGGCGGUGGAGGCGGUGAACCAGCUCAGACCCAGACCGAGGUUCAUGGUGCUGUGUGGGGACCUCGUCCAUGCCAUGCCAGACACACCGUUCAGAGAAGGUCAGGAGCGGGACCUGAAGGCGGCCCUGAAGGGGACGGAUCCCUCCAUCCCGCUGGUGUUUGUCAGUGGAAAUCACGACCUGGGCAACACCCCGACACCCGGCACCGUGGAGCAGUACUGCAGCGCAUGGGGGGACGACUAUUUCAGCUUCUGGGUGGGAGGGGUGCUCUGCCUGGUUCUCAACUCCCAGCUGUUUUUUGAUGCCUCGGCUUGCCCUCAGCUGAAGGAGGCUCAGGAGACCUGGCUCGAGGCACAGCUGAGCAGAGCCUCCUCUUCAACGGAACCCAAACCCAAACACGUCCUGGUGUUCCAGCACAUUCCUCUGUACCUGAAGAGCCCCGAUGAAGAGGACGACUACUUCAACCUGUCAAAGACAGUCAGACAGAGCCUGCUGGACAGGUUCAAGAAGGCAGGGGUGAAGGCAGUGUUCUCCGGCCACUACCACCGAAACGCCGGGGGCUGCCAUGGCGGCCUGGACAUGGUGGUGAGCUCGGCCAUCGGCUGCCAGCUCGGCCAGGACGAGCACGGCCUCCGGGUGGUGGUGGUGACCGCCGACAAGGUGGUCCACCGCUACCACAGCCUGGAGCAGCUGAGGGCGCGGGGCAUGGACGAGGACCUCCGGAAGCUCCUGCAGGCCUGAGGAGGCCGGCGUCCCAACGCAGAAGCUGGGUACCUCCCUCACCCGUUUUGGUUUAAUUGGACAUUUUUUAAGCUCCCAGUGGUUUGUCGAUAUCAGAAUGUAGGCUUCCACCUGCGUGCCAAUCGGAGGGGAAACGGAAAGCUUUGCACAAAACCCAUGUCGCAUUUGAUCAAACCCACUUGCCACAUUUUGGAUACGCUGUCACUUUAUGCCACAAACACACACAAACUAUUAUCUUUAUUAUUCUUAUCUAAUGAAAGACUCUACAGAUUAUACAAAUAAAAGCCUAAAAAACACACUAAUUUGCAAAGGGAUCAUAUUUUAUGAUCUACCAGAUGCAAGUAGAAAUUAAAUCAUUAAAAAGUUACACUUGUUUCUACUCUAUGUAGCCAAUGAAAGUAGUAAAUUCAAACCAGCAACUGAGAUGCCAACCUCAGCUCAGUGUACAGAGGUCUGGGUUAAACUUUGGUUUCAACUGAAUGUUUUCCUCUCGGAGGAUCGGAUGUCAGCCCUGAGCGGCCACCGAAUGUGUUCUCAAACCUGUAUUUUCUGUUGUAGAGAAGCACGUUUCUCAUCUAUCUGAAGUAGCGUUACGUCCUCGGGCACCUGCUCCGUCUGUCUGUGCAGUGCAGAUGUGGUCUGUGUUGACUUUUAAAUGUGUCCCCAGUUUUUCCAUCGUUAAAGGACCAUUCCAGCCUAACAUCCUCUCAGGCUGAGUUUCUGCAGAUCGGGGGAAAGAAAUGAAAUUCCAACAGCUGCGUACAUUUCAGACUGAAGGUUCCUUUAUUGUCUUUGUAAACACAGAGCAUAAACAACAAGACAACUGAAACUCAGCUCUGGUAGUGGGAGCAGAUUAAAUUCAAUACGCAAAAACUCAGAACAGUGUCAAAAAAAAGUAACUAUUGAAGUAGUUUCACAUGAAAUUCUCUCCUUUUCUCUUCCUGUAAAACUUGGUAAAAAGGCUGACAGCUCGUCCUGCACUCAGACGCGUUUCACACACAGCACUUGAAAUGUUUUUUUCAAGGAAAUAUAUAAAUAUACGGAGUCACAUAUCACUCAAAUAUUUCUUCUCAGGGUCUUUGAAGCAGUCGUGGGAAACGUAGGAAGCCAUGUGUAGUUCACAAAAUGACAAAAUAAACUUCAGCUCACUCCCAAAAUGAGUGUUUUGAGCACCCCCUACAGGACUAAUGUGUUCUCCAGCAAGAUUAAAGCUAAGGUUUUGAUUCACAGACAUGAAAAAAGUGCACUGGUGAUGCUGGUUUUUACAGCAGGACUGAAAAUACAAUGACAAUAAAGGCAUCUCUCUCCUCAGGAAAGUUGGGUAAAAGAUCCAGAUUGAUGUUAGAUUUUGUCUAGUCAUGGAAAUAAUGCUUUCAUGUUCAACACUUCCAAACAUUGUCAUAUAUUUACAGAUUUUGAAUCACCUGAUGUGUCACUAGCUUUCGUCCUGUGCUUUAGUUAUGAUUAGUCGGGCUUCAAGGUGCCGCAAUAUGCAUACAGUACAUUUUAACAUUGGUGUAAAAGGUUGGAAUUUUCCUUUAAUGAUCCAGAUUAUUCCCGUCUUCACUGUCUGCUGCAGUCUAAUACCUUGGUGACCAUCCUAUGCAAACUCUUCACUGUGUUGUGUGUGUGUGUGUGUUGUCUGUUCUCAGUGUGUUCUGUUGUUUUGGUCUUAUUGUGAACAGCUCCCGAUACUGCCCUGGCAGAGUGGAUUUAGUUUUAAUCCCUAUGGAUUCUAACCAAAAUGACAAUCUUGACUAAUUUUCGAGGUGUUCUUGCUUUGGGAAGCAGAUGUUAUUGAUGUCAGCGCUAAACUACUUCAUAAUCGCACGGACACGAGCAGUGUGACGAAUCUUGUGCCUCCUAAAAUUACAUUUGGACACAAAACUGAAGUUUAACUGAAAAAUAUUUUUUUGCAGUUUGAUGUUGAAGUGAAUUUGAAAUUGAAACGUGACAUUCUAGAACCGAAAUAAUUCCAGAGGAUCUUAUGUUUCUUUGACCUCUGGCUAAAUCUAAGCUUUAAAAGUGAAGGAACGCUUCUUCCCCCUCAUAAAGCGUUAAAGGGAAUCGCUUUGAUUUUAAGGACGAGAAUCAGUAAUUAACUUCGUAUGUCUAAUACGGAGAACAUGCAAACUCCACAGAGUGAUUCCACACUGCCUUUGAAUCACUUUCAAGUUCUACUGUUCAGAUUUUUAAAAUUCCAACUCGUUUCCUUGUGGCGUGAGUUUCGUCCCCUGCAGCUCCGGUAAAUGUCGGGCUUCUUUCAGCUGCAGCUCUCACCGAAAGUGAUCGUGUUUCACAUCUGGGAGAGAAAAAUCUCUGAAAGUGCAACCUGGAAUCACAUGCGUCGUUACCCAGCGUUCCACGUGAAGUUAAUGUAAAACCCUGAUGGGAAAGGCGAACUCCGAAUCUAACUAGGAAACUGUUGGAUGAAUGAGUCAUUACAAACAAAAUUAAAGAGGAACCGUAAAUACUAUCAAUAAUGGAGUCCAAUUUAAUGAAAAUCUUGAGAAAAAUCUGAGAUUGCAUCAGAUUAUUCCAUCUCCAAUAUAUUUCUCUGAGGCAUGAGUGUUGCAAUAUCCACUUGAUGGCUCCUAGCUACAUGUUUAUUAAAGCAUAGAUCAAACUGACUGUGAUUUUGCCGCACUGUGAUGUUUCUGAGAUGAAAAUAUUUCAUCAUUAGACCAGGGGUUUCACUCACAAAUUCAUGACGCAGCCCUCCCCCCCUCCCCCACAGGUUUAAGGCACACCUAAUCGUUUUGAUCUGCACGUGUUCGGGGAUCCGCACACGGCGAGGCGCUCGGUAAAU